CUCCUGCCCGUGCCGGCCCGCGCCCCGCCGCAGGCCCCGUUCCGCUUCUCGCCCCGUCGCCUGCGGUGCCCCCGCGAGCACGAGCUCCUGGAGGAUGGAGACAUUCACAGACACUUGUAUCUCCAAGAUAUUCUAGUGAGUGUUACACAAGUGACUGAAAAACCCAAGGUGUCUGAAUUCUCAUGUCAUAUUGCGGGAUGCUGCCAGGUCUUUGAUACUUUAGAGGGUUAUGAACAUCACUACAACACGCUACACAGGAAUGUGUGCUCUUUCUGCAAACGUUCUUUUCCUUCAGGGCAUCUGUUGGAUAUUCACAUCCUGGAGUGGCAUGACUCUCUCUUCCAGAUAAUGGCAGAAAAGCAAAGCAUGUAUCAGUGUUUGGUACAAGGCUGUGUGGAGAAGUUCAAGAGCAGCAAAGACAGAAAAGAUCACUUGGUCACAGUUCAUCUUUAUCCUUCUGAUUUUCGAUUUGAUAGACCAAAGAAAGCUAAAAGCAGCACCAAGCACAGCAAGUCUCCCUUGCUACAGAAUGCAAGCAUGCCAGUAGAUAUUAAAACUUUUGAGCAACCUCAAGUGGAUUCCAUGGAAAUAUCUCCCGUUGAGAAUAUGGAGAAUGCCUCUCAGCCUCUGAGCAGCCUGAUCUCACUGCCACCAGAGAAACAUCUCAACAGAUCCAGAAUCCCAUCUACCAUUUGCUUUGGGCAGGGUGCCGCUCGAGGCUUUAAAAGCAUGAGGAAGAAAAUCUGAAAAUCACUGCACCAGAUUUGAGGAAUGACCGAAGUACUGAAGAUCCAAAAAAAGCUUGGUCCACUGACAUUAAUAAAAGUUACAGCUAAGCACGGAUAGGUUUGUUUGAUCCCCUGCUUGAGCGCAGUAGUGGAUGUAUCAAGUCUGUUGUACACCAGUGGCAUGAAAGACUUGGGACAGUCCAGAUGGAUCAUCCCUGAUCAUGUAAAAACACUCGUUCCAUAAAGGGGUAGUAGAUAGAAGGGAGGGAGAAGGGGAUGUUCUAGCUCUAGAAAGUCUGAAUUCCAUAAACUUAUUGUGGGGAAGGGAGGCACAACCCAAUAACUGUGUUUUGCAGGUAGACAUUACAGGAAUAUCAGGGCAGUAUCCUGCUUGGUUGCAAGGAAUACAUCAGGAUUUGCCAUUAUAGGAAGUUAUCAAGUCACCCUGACAGGAUCCCAGUGUCAUGCUGGGAUACAUCAUAUUUGCAUUUGUUCUUUGCCUGGCCCAACAGUAUGUGUGUCCUUUUCUCUGACACACCCCCCCCCCCCCCCAAAAAAAAAAAAAACCCAAAAAACAAAAAACCAACAAACCUACACAUGCCUCCAAAGAAGAAGAGAGAUGUGGAGGUAUUUGUGUCUCACCAGCUUUUGUUGUGCUCUUUGCAUGUAGCAGGGGCAGCUCCUCCAUCAUUCACACCAUUUGUCUCUCCCAAUUUCAGACACAGAAGGAGGGGCAACAUUGUUCUUAGGGGGACAGGAUAAGAUUUGUGAAUAAGGGCUUUGAAGACCCUUACAUGACUUCAGAGUCUGAGGCAAGGAUGCUGCUCUGAGGGUUGAGAAUUACUGCAGUGCCUAAAAUGCAUUGAUUUGAGGGUAAUUCAAAGGGUUCAGGAAAAAAAUUAAAUAGAGUAUUUGUAUAGAGAAGCAAGACUGACAAUGACAGAAGUUCUUAAUAUAAAAACUAAUUGCAUCUGAAGCAGUCUACUUCUAUUAGCAAGCUUUCAAAGAGGACAGUAAGGCCAGAAUGCUGUUUCCACAUCGUUGUUUUUUAUAUAAGUCUUCACAGAAUGGCUCUGGAGCCAUAGAAAAUCACAUGGAAAGGGAGUUGAGACUUCUAAAGAUGCCCUUGCUUGCAGAAUCAUAUCCAUUCUAAUCAUAUGCAGAGACUAAACCUUGCAAUGUUGUGAUGCAUUGGCUCAGCUAUUGUGCUCUUAAGAAAAGAGUCCAUUUUUUAACAAUUUAUUUGGAAGAUUAAAAGUUCAGAUCCACUCUAUAAAUGCCAGACUGGAAGUUAUCUUGCCUUUGUUUUACUUCCUUAUAGAUACCAUCAGUGCUUCACUCGUGUGUACAGAUGAAGUAAUGGAGCAUUCAGAUAUAAAGUUAUGUACAAAACAGGUUUAGAACAUAAACUGGGACUAAAUUGUUUUCCAACCUUUUUCAUUCUGAUAUGCUCUGAAAUUUUAGAGUGGGAGGCCUUUCCAGAAAAGUUAUUUGCAUAGUGUGCUGCAACAGAAGACUGCAUUUAAAUAAAUACAUUUUUUAGGCCUCCUCUGAACUAACUUCUUAAGGCUUGCAUGCCACCCUUGACAAGUAGGGCCAGUAGGGUUUCAUAUUUUACCCUAUGUAAUACUUUUUAAAUUAUUCUAUGAGUUUGCUGUGGAGACAGGAAGAUGGAAUGUUUUUUUGAAUACCCACAGCCCCCCACAUCCCUACAAAAAGGGGCUACAUUUGUGGAUGUUGAGGGAGGGGUGAAAAGACUCCCUUUGGUGAGAGAGAGGAGGAGGAGGGAAGGAAUGGAAAUGGCCAUAACUUCUCGCUUAGAGAGGGAGGCCCUGGCCUUGAGGGAGAGUGGUGGGAGGGGGUGGUUAACUUAUCUCAGCUUGUGUCUCUGCCUGAUGAGUCAGACACAAGUCAUCCUCCCCAACCAUGGUCAGGCCAUCUUCCCGCAACAACUCACUCCCUUAGAGAAUCUGUGGAUUAACAUGGUGUGUCAGCCCCAGGGGGCCUGAUAGUAUCUACCAUGUUGGAAGAAGACACCGAGUUCAGGAAGGGAACCAGUGGGUCAGGAACUGCCCACUGGAGUUGUGCUGGGCAAAAGGAGAUACAGUGGGCAGGGGAGAAAACACAAUCAGAGGCACAGAGAAAGGCACCUGGUGCCUGUUCCCCAGUCUUUCUCCUCCUCUGUCUCAACUGGGAUCACGGCUAUUGGGAACCCUCAUAUUGUGCUGCUGCUGGUAUUUGCAAAGUUGCUGGCUAAUAAAAUGGCAGUCUCUUCAACCUCAUUCAGGAUGCAGCUGCUGAUCUUGCAUGCAUCACAGACCUGGCUGGACAAGGCUUCUGAGCUGGUGCUUGCCCUGAUGGUUCUAGGUGGAUACUCAGUGCAGCAUAAGGCUUGGUGGGGGGGGCACAGCAGAGUGCCAAUAGUCUUCAAGGAAAAUCUGGCGCACAGGUGGUAUCCAUUACCGAUUUUGUCCAGCAUGGAGUGUGUUUGCCUUGCACUCGAGGCUGAGUAUUGAUUGAGAAUUCUGCUGGUGUACUAGCUACACUGCUGUACAGCUGAUUACCUGACCUGAACUAGCCAAGCGGGUCUCAGAAGUGGUGUUGAAGAUGCCCAGACUUACUUUCUUGGGGGACUUCAGCAUCCAUGCUCUCUGGGGCUAGAAAAUGACUUCAUCGUUUCCAGGUCAACCAUAGGGAUAUCUGAGAGAGUAACUGGUCCAACUUAUGGAGUGGGGCACAUGCUGGACCUAAUGUUUUGGACCUGCCUAGAUACAAGGGCUCCAAUGAUUAGGAGUGUUGUUUUGAAACGAAGACCAGCAUUAAUAAUUAUUAGCUAACUUAGUGUAACUGAUAGCCUGUUAACUCAAGUGAAAAUAGCAUAAGAAUUCUUGAACUAGGAUGGAUAUAGUCUAACUCCAGCGGAGUUAGGGCAUGUGCAUACUUCUUUAAAGGCAGUUUGUCUUGUAAUUUCAUUCAGGGCUCAGCCCUGGUGGUGAAAAUGUAACUUUUAAUUUUCUCAGGGAAACACCUUUGCAUGAGCUUCCCAUUGAGUUGAAAAGCUAUCUUGUACUGGUUUGGAUUGUGUGCGUUUGGGAAGGAGGCUCUCAACUUCCAAAAUGCUCUCGUCUGUUGAAAAUAAACAUACUCAGCUAUGAGUGAA